UCACGUCUACUGUUGAGCACUCAAUGCGCAUUCUUUUCGCCGUUGCUCUACCGUUAUCCUCCAGCACGAUGACCGUGUUCGGUGACACGCUGGCCAUGGUCCUGGUCGUCGUCGGAGCACUGCUGACGGGCCUGCUCAUCUGGCUGCUGAUGCGCAAGUACGACCGCGACCACGGUAUCGGCGGGGCGUCGUGUCGCAAGGCCGACACGGGCCGGUCGCCGCCUUCGCGUGAGAACGCGACGCCCGUGAGCCCGGUGCAAGGUCGCGAGGCUGCCGCCAAGGUAGGACCCCUCGAAGCGGCGCAACCCGCGGACGAACUCCGGAUGUGUCCCGUCACCCCGCUCUCGGACGAAGAACCAACGCAGGGCGACGCUACUGCCCAUGGCGCAGAACCCGUGCCCACGUCGCCCAAGGAGCCCCCGGUGACGUCUCCCGUCACCGUGUCGACUGGCGAAGAAGUACUAUCGCCUUCGUUACCAGAGGACGCCUUCAAGGUCUCUCCUAGCGAGGCAGCCCAACAGUCCGAGAAGCCUCAAGCGGAGGGCAAGCAAGUGCAGGGAAGCACCAAGCGCGGUGGCACCGCUGGAAGGAACCAGAUGCGUGAAACCCGCGAGUCGCCGCAGCUGACAAGGCAAAGCAAGCGCAAGACAAAGAAGUCUGCCGCGGCCCAGCUCAACACCACCGACAGCAGCGCCGUGAAGCGGAAGUCAAAGCGUAAGCCUACCGGCAUGGUCCCAACGGCGACGUUGCCAGCGACACGCGCAACGAGUGCGGCAAUCACGGGACCACCAGCACAAACAGCGCUGGCCGAAAGUGACCGCACUUCGCGCUCAGGUGCGAAUCCAUCGCAAGGCGCCGGGCCUCACGACGACGCGAAUGACCCGGCCUUCCGGGAGCUCCGCGAGGCCUCCGCCCCACGAGCGCCUGACAACACUCAGUGCGCCUUGCCACUACCGCGUCACCAGGGCGACACGAACCCGGUACCAACAGAGCUCGACAUCAUCUCGGUCGCGGCUGACAGCGGAGUGCCCAUGGGCAGGCAACAGAGCGCCCAACACGAAGGCAGCGAAUCCGCUGAAGUGUCGUCGUUGCCGUCAGAUGGCGCAGCCGCAGAAACCGCAGCGACGACCCGCGGCGGUAAUGUUGCGCCGCCGGCAGCUGCUGCAACGUCCGAAGCAGCCAUCAGCCGAGGGUCUUCGGCUGAGGUUCUUCUGCCACAAGGCGAGUCCGACGACGCCCACGAGCCGGACGCGCGCCGGACGUCCGACCGCACUUCUCUGCCGAAGCACGACAGCCCCGACAGAGCCCAGGUCCCAGCCAAGUUAGACACCUUUUCAGUGGAACCCUCAGCACUGGACAAGUCUGAGGCAACAGCACCUGGGACGAAUUCCAAGGUCAAGCCAAAGCAAGACCUCUGAAGGUCCGCUUGCCGGCGUGAUCGCCGUGACAUCGUCCGAAUUAUGCGCGUCACCAGCGAGUGGCUUUCAACAAAGCAUUUCCGCAUGAACGUUAUAGAUUUGAGACUUUUCAAAUACAGCCGUCUGCUCGCGAAUUUCGCUUUUCUAUGUGAUUUGUUCACGCUUGAUUUCCCCGUCUGAUCUCCAGCAAACGUUCGGGAGUAGUGCUUGUUUUAAUUUUUUAACUGCCUGUAUGUGCAAGUGCUGCCGUCCGCUACAUGAACCGUCGGUGCUCUGGCAGAAGACACACCGGCGACGACCACAGAACCUGCCUUGUGGUAGCAUCCAGCGCUGGCAAUAGUUCCAUUGGACGAACGCCUUGACUGCAUAAAGAUUCGUAACACGCGGGACACACUUGUCAACGUACUUAUGGCACUUCGAAAGCUUCUUGAACAACAUGCUUCCCUUCCUUUGACGACGUCUUAGUGACGCCUGCUGCAAUUCGUCUUGUGCGUCAGACUGUCACAGAGAUACGAAAUAACUAAGACAAACUCCCACUAGUUUAGCACACAGUUGAAAUUUGGUGCAUUAGCAUGUUUGAAGGUUCACAAUUCAAUUAAAUUCACGGUUGUUCUUCUAGAACACAUAGGAAUAUGGGCUAAUGGCUGAAUCAACACCCUUCACUGGGUAUUUGCUUGCAAUCAGACAUGAGCGUACGCAUUGCAAAGACAUUGGACUUUUUCAGUGAGAAGGUUGACUGGUAGUAAGGAAUUAUAAUAUUAUACAAGGUAAUGCUUGACGCUCACACAGAAUAUCGAGCAGAAAUAAUCAGUAUUAGUAAAAUUAUAAACUGAAGAGCAAACUGCUCCAACGUUGACUUUACCAUAAGCACUGAGUAAUAAUUUGCGACUGAUGACAGCUUUCUUUUUCUGUUUGCGGCCCUAUUAUUGCGCUCAUUUGUCUCCUUUUCUUUUU